AUGGGAACCGAUAAAGGAAUCAAAGCGUCAUUGAAACUGAAGGAAAGUGUACAACCCAAGUUUUGCAAAGCACGCCCCUUGGCGUAUUCGUUGAAACAAAAAGUUGAAAAGGAACUGAACAAGUUAGUCGACAGUGACGUCAUUACAAAGAUAGAUUACAGUGAAUGGGCUACACCUAUCGUACCAGUCAUAAAAUCGGACGGUAGUGUUCGGAUUUGUGGUGACUUUAAAGUGACUGUGAACCCUGUCCUUGAAAUUGACCAAUAUCCGCUCCCAAGGAUUGAGGACAUUUUUGCGGCAUUGUCCGGAGGUCAACGAUUUACCAAGUUGGAUUUACGCCAUGCGUACUUACAAAUGACUGUAGAUGACGAGUCCAGAAAAUUAUUGACUAUCAAUACCGAAAAGGGAUUGUACAGAUACAACAGAUUAGUAUUUGGUGUGGCCUCAGCGCUAGCCAUUUGGCAGCGCACAAUCGAUACUGUGUUACAAGGGCUGGCCGGGGUGAAAUGUAUAAUGGACGACAUGAUCAUCACAGGGGCGAGUGAAGAGGAACACUUACAAAAUUUGGAAGCAGUACUGCAGAGACUGGAUGACUACAAUUUGCGAGUAAACUUAGAAAAGUGUGAGUUUUUCAGGGAGUGUGUCUCAUAUUGUGGACAUGAAAUCGACAGUGAAGGAUUACACAAAACACAGGCAAAAAUCAAUGCAGUUAUCAAUGCUCCAAAGCCGACAAAUGUAUCGGAGUUGCGUUCAUUCCUGGGAAUUGUGAACUAA